AUGGGUUGUGGAUCAAGUAAAGGAGAGGAAGUAGAUAAUCCAAACAAAAGUAGUGAAAUAUACAUAUGGAAUAGUAAAGGAUGUGGCUCAUUUUAAAAUAUCAUCUUCUGGUAUGGUGUCAUAAAAACAUGGAUUAAUUACAAAUGAUUACACUCUCUUGAAACCUCUCAUCGGAAAGGGUAUAUAAAAAAAGUAAAUGUAAGGGGCUUGAGAAAAGGUGUGAAUAAAGUCACAAAUUAAAUAAGAGCGAUACAAGUGAUCUCAAAGGAAAAAGCAAACAAGAUGGAAGUUGAAAGAUUGAGAAUAGAAAUAGAAAAUUCUAAAGAGAUUGGUAAUGAUAAAUGUAUAGAUAGGAUCAUCCAAAUAUAAUUAAGAUUUAUGAGUUCUAUUACGAUGGUAAAAAUACCUAUAUUGUGACUGAAUUAUGCACAGGAGGAGAACUGUUUUGACAAGAUAUAGCAAUAACAAUCUUUUUCAGAAAGAAAGCAGCUGAAACUCUAAAAUAGAUAUUGAAUGCUGUAAAUUACUUACAUAAAAGUAAAAUAGUGCAUAGGUAAAGGAUUAAUGUGAUUUGAUAUAGAGAUCUUAAACCUGAGAAUAUUCUCUACGAACCUACCUAACCAUAAGCUUUAUUAAAAAUAGUGGAUUUUGGUACAAGUCGUAUGUUUGAAUAGGGUUACAAAAUGAAUUAAAAACUAGGAACAAUAAUUAAGUGA